AUGAACCUCUCCUCGUCGACGUCCAGCCUCCCAGCCGCUCUGCGCAUCCCUCUCUCUUCCCCCGCCGCAUUCGAAAGCAUCGCGCGACUUCUCAGCGAUCGCGAACGGAAUCGAUCGCGCAUAGCCCAGCACCUCGCCUAUGCUCAAUUGCAACGAAGACAACAACGAUCAAAAGAGGCGGAGGAAGAGGGUACUUCGUCGGCUGAGGAAGGGGAUGGGGUAGAGGGGAGUAUGUUCAGUACGAGUGCGGGUUUGGAGGAAAGGAAUCAAGAUAAGAAUCGAUGUAGGUUUACGGGAAAGUCGUGACAUGGGCUCACUCUUGGACAGGGAUAUUUACUGAUCCUGCAUACUCGAUCAUUAUACCUGACGUAGAUCGGGAUAUAAUUUGCUACAACCCGACUCGGAUACUGUUGCCUCUCGGCGCUGAGCGAAGUGCAGGCUCCGCAUCCGUUGCUGCGGACACCUCGGCGGACCGGGGUUAUGUCAAUGCUUCACUGGUUCAAGAACCGGACUUGGGUCUUCUUCCACCGAAUGGAACUGCAUAUCGUAGGCGGUGGUGGGUUGCCGCUCAGGUCAGUUCGGGGUGAUGCGCCUCCUGUUUCACUCCAGUUGAGCCCCACAUGGGGGUCCCCGUCUCGAGAGGCGGUGCCGAUCAAUGACAUCGUCGUGCCCUUGGCGACUACGCUAUGCAGGCCCCGAUCCAAAACACGCUCCACGCUUUCAUCUCGAUGCUCCUCACUCCACCCGUCUCGCUCGAGUCCACCCGAAAUGCCGUCCCUCCUUUACCGCGGAUGAAGACGAUCGUCCAAUUGACCCCCUUGGUCGAACAACGGCGGCAGAAAUGUCAUCCGUAUUUCCCCAAUACCAUAGGCGAAACAUGGUUUCUCCAACCUGAUGAAGCGGAGAGCGAAGGGGGAGGACCGGAGGAUGUUUGGGUUCGUUUGGAGGGUAAGAUAGAGAGGGCGGACGGGAGCCGAGAGUCCGCGUUGAGGGUUGGGAGGAGAGGGCAGAAGGAGGAGGAGGGGCAUCCGGUGACGCAUUUGGAGUAUCGUGGGUGGAGUGAUCAUGGUACGUUGGACGCGUAUGUGAGAUGUGCCGAGUUGUUUCGCCGCGGUCAACUGAGUUUCUUUUGCCAUCGUUCAAUCAGGUGUCCCCGAGGACUCGGGCCACCUCAUCAAAUUCAUCCGCUCAACAUUCGACAUCAACGACGCUUCCACAUCCGCAAGAGAAGACGCACCUCCAAUCUUGGUCCACUGUUCCGCUGGCGUAGGCCGAACAGGGACCUACAUCACCCUUGCCUCUUUACUCCCCUUUCUCGAAAACUCGUUUCUAGCAUCCCCAAUCAAUUCCACCACCACCUCCUCUCGAUCACACCCCUUAGGCUCGACCUAUCCCAUCCCUCCUCCCGUAAAAGCUCUAGAUCGUGACUACGUCGGCGAGACGAUCGAUCAUCUAAGGGAUCAACGCUGUACGAUGGUGCAGACCGUCGCUCAGGUCAAGUUCUGUUAUGAGGCGUUGGCGAGGGAAUGGAAGAGGUUGCAUCUUUGA